CCACUUAACCCUUCUUCUCAAACUACAUCUCCCAUAUCAGUCAAACAAUACCCAUCUGAGCAAAAGAGGAAACAACAAUGAAGUCCUCCAAUCCCCUCUAUAUUCUCGGCUUUCUCACUGUUGCACUUGUGGCUAGUCAUGCUGCCUUGCCGCCUGAACUCUACUGGAAAUCUGUCCUGCCAAACACACCCAUGCCAAAAGCUGUUAGUGAUCUUCUGGAACCAGACUUCUUGGAAGACAAGAGCACUGCAGUAGACGUUGACACAGCCAAAGGGAAGCCGCCAGGUGGCACUACAGUAAACGUUGGAAAGGGCAGUGUCGUGAACGUGAACACCAGCAAGGGGAAACCCGGCAGUCGAACAAACGUCGGCGUCGGCAAAGGUGGAGUGGUCGUCAACGCCGGUAAACCUGGGGGCAGAACAAACGUCGGCGUAAGCAAAGGUGGUGUUGGCGUCAGCACCGCAAAGCCCGACGGUGGAACAAACGUUGGAGUAGGCAAAGGCGGAGUAUCAGUAAACACAGGAGGAAAAGGAAAGAGACCCGUUUACGUCGGAGUAAGCCCGACGUAUAACCCAUUCUUGUACAGUUACGCUGCCACCGAGGAUCAACUACACGACAACACCAACGCAGCAAUCUUCUUCCUGGAAAAAGACAUCCACGCUGGCAAAGUAAUGAACUUGGACUUCACCGAAAGCCACCAUGUGUCGAGCUUCUUACCUCGACAAGUGGCUGGUUCGAUACCCUUUUCAUCCGAGAAGCUGCCCGAGAUCCUGAACCAGUUCUCGGUUGAACCCGAGUCCCAAGAAGGCAAGACGAUGAAGAACACGGUAGAGGAAUGCGAGAGCCCCGCGAUCAAAGGAGAGGAGAAGUACUGUGCCACAUCGCUCGAGUCGAUGGUUGAUUUCAGCACCUCAAAGCUUGGGAGGAAUGUUGAGGCGAUCUCUACAGAAGUGAAGGGCAGAGAAGGUCAGAUGAAGCAGGAGUAUGAGAUCAAAGACGGAGUAAAGAAGUUGCCAGGUUAUAGGUCUGUGGUUUGCCACAACCAGAAGUAUGCUUACGCUGUGUUCUACUGCCAUACAACACAGACCUCAAGGGCGUACGUCGUUCCUAUGGAGGGUGCCGAUGGAAAGAAGGUGAAUGCAGUCGCCGUGUGUCAUACGGAUACUUCAGGGUGGAACCCCAAGCAUUUGGCUUUCCAGCUGCUGAAAGUUAAACCAGGGAGCGUUCCAGUCUGUCAUUUCCUUCCUCAGGAUCAUAUUGUCUGGGUUCCCAAGAAGUAGGUUUAUCCUGUAGGACAAAUUCCAAACAUGGCAGUUAAAUUAUAUCGGUCAGCUCAGGAUAGCUACACCCGGAAUGUUGUAAGGUUUGCUUAUUAAUAAUGUAUUCGUCAAAUUUACUGCAUUCACCUUAUGCACACUUAAAACUCUUUGCUUUUCCAGUGGACGAAUAUACAAUAGUCUAUAUGUUAAGUAAUAAAACCACCAGCCAUAUUUGCCAACUUGUCCGGGGAGUUUUAAUACAA